AUGGAGGCGACCUCCACCCGCUUCGUGGAGGGGUUCCUCAAGUCAUGGGGUGUUAUUAUGGCCUCUGAGAUCGGCGACAAGACAUUCCUCAUCGCAGCAGUCAUGGCCAUGAAGCACCCUCGGAAACAGGUCUUCGCUGGCGCCAUGUCGGCCCUGGCGAUAAUGACCGUGCUCUCUGCGGCCAUGGGAUGGGCAGCACCAAACCUGAUCUCGCCGGUGUACACGCACUACGCGGCCACCGCCCUGUUCUUCGUGUUUGGGCUGCGCCUGCUCUGGGAUGUGGCGCGAGGGACCGUGGAGCCCGAGGGCGACAUCGGCGAGGUGGAGAAGGAGCUGGAGAUGACCCUGCGCGGCGGCCAGUCGGCGCCCACCGAGGCCCGGGCCAAGGGCCUCGCCGCCAGCCUGGCCUCGCUCCAGGCGGCGGCGCGCCGCGUCUUCCCGGCCAUUCUCCUCCAGGCCUUCACGCUCACCUUCCUGGCGGAGUGGGGGGACCGCAGCCAGAUCGCCACCAUCGGACUCGCCACGGGGUCGGACGUGGUGGGCGUCACGUUGGGGGGCACGCUGGGCCACGCCAUGUGCACGGGCGCGGCGGUGCUGGGAGGGAAGCACCUCGCGGAGCGGGUGGACGAGCGCGCUGUCUCCGCGGUGGGCGGCGUCCUCUUCCUCCUCUUCGGCGCGCACUCCCUUUGGGUGGGGGCCCCGGAUGUGUGA